AUGACGACCGGCCGCUUGGGCCAUCUGGAGGAGUCAGCUUCCACAAGAUGGACCUCGGAGCAAGAGGAGGUGCCGGCGCAGGGGGGCCCAUCCCAUCCCGCCCAUCCCAUCCCAUCCCAUCGCAUCCCGUCCGCAGGAGGCUCAGUGCACGGUGAGCCCCGGCAUGGCGCGGCCGCCCGCGCUCGGCGCGUUUUUUUUGCCGCCUUCGCCCGCGCCGCCCGCGCCACCAACACGUGCGGAUCGCCGCCCGAGGACUUCUGCCUGCAGAUGGGCGCCCGCGACGCCACCAAGCUGUGCCACCGCUGCGACGCCGCCGACCCCCGGCUGCACCACAACGCCUCGCUGCUCACCGACUUCCACAGCGAGGAGGAGAGCACCUGGUGGCAGAGCCAGUCCAUGGCCUUCGGCAUCCAGCACCCCAACUCGGUCAACAUCACCCUGCACCUGGGCAAAGCCUACGAGAUCACCUACGUGCGGCUGAAGUUUCACACGAGCCGCCCGGAGAGCUUCGCCAUCUACAAGCGCAGCCGCGCCGAGGGGCCCUGGCUGCCCUUCCAGUACUACAGCGCGUCCUGCGAGAGGACCUAUGGGCAGCGGCCGCGGCAGCCCCCGCGCCCGGGCGAGGACGAGCGCGUGGCCUUCUGCUCCGACGAGUUCAGCGACAUCUCCCCGCUGAGCGGCGGCAACGUGGCCUUCUCCACGCUGGAGGGCCGCCCCAGCGCCUACAACUUCGACAGCAGCCCGGCCCUGCAGGAGUGGGUGACUGUCACCGACUUGCUCAUCUCCUUGAACCGGCUCAACACUUUUGGCGACGACAUCUUCAAGGACCCCAAGGUGCUGCAGUCCUACUACUACGCCAUCUCCGACUUCUCCGUGGGCGGCUCCCUGCACCUCCAGUGCGACAGCUCGGGCGCCUGCGCCUGCAAGGCCACGGUGACGGGCUGGAAGUGCGAGCGCUGCAAGGACGGCUUCCACAGCCUGGGCCAGGGCGGCUGCCGAGCCUGCGCCUGCAACCCUGCAGGCAGUGUGGGCACCUGCGACCCCAACUCGGGGCGCUGCGUCUGCAAGGAGCACGUGGAGGGCGCCACGUGCGACAGGUGCCGGCCGGGUUGGUUCAACCUGCAGCCCCACAACCCCGUCGGCUGCAGCAGCUGCUUCUGCUACGGCCACUCCACGGCGUGCACGGUCGCGGCCGGCUACGAGGAGACCCAGCUCCGCGCCACCUUCGAGCGAGGGCCGGAGGGCUGGGCGGCCGCGACGCCGGGCGGCACCGCGAUCCCUUUGCAUUGGGCUGCCGGCGAGGUCUUCGCCGAGUGGGAUGGAGAGGAUCCGGUGGAUUUUCUUGCUCCAGCGAAGUUCCUGCAGAACCAGCGUCUCAGCUACGGGCAGCUGCUCUCCCUGCAGCUGGGAGCGCAGGGGAACGGGAGCGCAGGGCCCCUGCCCCUGCCCCGGGCACGGCUGGAGCUGGAGGCCGAGGACGUGGCCGUGGCACUGCAGGCCACCUUGUCCCCAGGCAGCAGUGACAGCGAGAGCCCACGUGGCCGUGGGAAGCAGGUUGUCACCUUCAGGCUCCAUGAGGCAGAGGAGGGUGCGGAGCCCUCGCUGUCCCCCUUCAGCUUCCAGCGCCUGCUCUCCAACCUGACAUCCCUCCGGCUCCGCGUGAGCCGUGGCCCCCUGCAAGUUGGCCGCUGCGCUCUCCCCCUCGCCGGGCACUGCCGCUGCCUGCACCACACGGAAGGGCCCUCCUGCGAGCGCUGCAGCGCCGGCUUCUACGGCAACCCCUUCGCGGGGCGGGAGGACGACUGCCAGCCGUGCCCGUGCCCCGGGGGCUCGCCCUGCGCGCAGGUCCCCGGCAGCGGCGACGUGGUGUGCACGGGCUGCCCGCCCGGCCAGAGAGGAAGACGCUGCGAGCUGUGCGACGAUGGCUUUUUUGGGGACCCGCUGGGGCAGCGGGGCCCUGUGCGGCCCUGCAGCCCCUGCCAGUGUCACGGGAACGUGGAUGCCAACGCCGUGGGCAACUGCGACCCCGUGUCCGGCCGGUGCCUGCGGUGCCUGUACAACACCACCGGCGAGCACUGCGAGCGGUGCCAGCGGGGCUUCUACGGGGCCGCGCUGGCCGCGGCCGCGGGGAAGUGCCUGUCGGAGCGUGUGGAGGCCGCGGCGGGCAGAGCGCUGCAGGUCUCCAACGGCAGCUCCGAGCUGCUGCGGAGCCUGCUGGAGGGGAGCGCGGCGCUGCAGAGCCGGCGCGAGCUGGAGGCCAGGUACCAGGACAUCGAGCGGGCGCAGGGGGAGCUGAGUGCCGCCAUGCUGGAGGUGGCGGCAGAGGCCAACAGAACUUACAUGGCUGUUCACCAGGCCAACGCGGACAUGGCUAAGAAGCUGCUGCCUGUGACCAUGUUGGAGCCGCCGCGCCGGGAGCUGCAGGGGACUCGCGCCUUGGAGCAGCUACGGGACAGGGCCACCUCUGCCCACGUCGGGGCCACCUCAGCAGUGUCACACGGCAAAGCUGUGCUCUCUGAUGCAGAGUCCAUCCUGGCCAGCUUGGAAGGCAUGAGGAAGGUGCUGAGGCAUCGAAAGGGCCAGGCUGCCCUGAGCAGGAGGAUGGCGCUUGUGCGGGACAGGACCAUGGUGGAGGCCCAGAGGAAGACUAAACAGGCAGAGAAGAUGCUGGGAAACUCCUUGUCCAUCUCCACCACGGCCAGGAAGACGGCCAGGGAGGCUGAGCAAGUUGCUGUCGAGAGUGCUGAGAGGGCACAGGCUGUGCUACAGGAGAGCAAGCAGACCCGCAAGCAGGCUGGCGAGCUUGCCACGCGCGCCAACGAGACCUGGCAGGAGCUCUCCAGGCAGGAGCAUGUAGCUGGGAAGCUCAGGGGGGACCUGGAGGAAGCAGACCAGGUGAGGACAGAGGCAAAUCAGAUGUCAAAAAGUCUCCAGGAAGCCCGGGGCUCGCUGCUCGCGGACAUCGAGACCCUGAACGACCUGCUCAGCAGCCUAGGCCCCGUGGAGCAGGCGGCGCGCCGGCAGCGCGAGAAGAUCCAGGCGUUCGAGAGCGACCUGGCCGAGAUCCGGGCCGACAAGCAGAACCUGGAGGCCAUUCUGCAGAGCCUGCCCGAGGGCUGCGCGAGCUGGCGCUGA